AUGGCCUCCCGCACGCUUCUCAACCAAGAACGCUCAAGUCCGACGUCGAUCUGGGCUCCCCGCCCGCAGCCAACCGACGUCUGGAACAACACCGUUUUCAACGAGGACUCUCAUCAGCGUCGCCUGUCCGACCCAGCGGUCCAGCAGCACCAACUUCAGCAGUCUCAGCCACCUCAGCCUCAGCAGAUUCAACAGGCGCAGCUGCCUCCAAAGCGUUCAGUCGGUGCGAUUGGCGAUGGCCGUAGACCUUCAGCCGGCGGUGACGCAGAUUCGCAUGUUGCUUCGCUCCUCCGUGCACUCGACCUGCAUUCUCCCGCUCCGCCGCCUCAGCUUGCGCCACUUCAGACUGCUCCGUACAAUCCGCUCAAGGCAAACACGUCGCCAGAUCUCUCACCAUGCUCAGCCGCUUCCUCGCUUAUGACACCUUCGGACUCGCCCGCCCGCGCCACGACCGACUUUGGUCUCAAGGCGCCGUUUGACUACGAUUUCAUGUCUGCCUCCUCAUCGUCGAACGGUCUCAUGCUCAACGGUGGCGGCGACUUAUUUCGGAGCUCAGACCUGUUCUCGCAGCACCAGUCGGCCAACUUGCCUUCGUCUUACUCGUCGCUUCAGCAACAGCACCAACUUUCGCUUCAGCAGCCUCGCAUGCAGAGUGACUUUCACUCGGCUCCCAACUCGAGCACGUUCCAUCCAGCAUCGCUGGACGUCUUCGGUUCCGCUCCAGGCGCCACCAUGCUGAACGGUGACAUGCGCUCGCCAACUUCAUCGUCCUUUAGUGGCAUGCGCUCGCCUACCACCACCAUGUUCAGCGAAGGUCGCAUGUCUGCACCUGCCAGCGCCUAUCCUGACGCACGUCUGUCAUCGUCUAUGUAUGGUGCGGGUCAGAUGUCACUCAUGGCCGACCGCCCGGAUCGCCUCUCACAGCUGGAGCCGAUGCGCCGUAUCGAUCGCAUGCCACUGUCUUCUUCGGGCGAAUGGCUGCGGCAGGAUGCAGUGUUCCGCGACCGGCUGUCUGGUAUCGCCACGGACGAGCUCCAGAUGCGCCCGCCUGCUGUUCCGCAGGCUCAGGCUCAGGCUCAGCACAUGUUCACGCCUGUUCCUACCAGUCCUUCCCAGCCGACCAACAGCCACGAGCCUAUCAACUUCUUGUCCCUCUUGCAUCCGUCCUCUUCGCCACCUUACCCCCUCUUCGUCUCGCGGAUAAUCAAGUCGUCCGACCAGCAGGCGUCGAUCUUUCUGCAGCAGAAGCUCAAGGUGGCAGAUGCGGACGAACGCGCCAAGAUCAUCGACGCGAUCUGUGCCCGCGGCUUCGAUAUGAUGGCUCAUCGCUUCGGCAACUGGGCCGUUCAGCGCUGUCUCGAGGCGGCCUCGACUCUCGAAGAACGCCGCAAGAUCGUUACAUGCAUGCGUGGCCGCGUCGUCGAGCUCGCUAUGAACUGUUAUGGUUGCCAUGUCUUGCAGAAGGCGCUCGACUGCGAGGAAGAGGUUCGCCUCAUCAUAGUGUCAGAGCUGCUGCUGGGAGAUCCUGCCCAGACGCUCGUCAACAAGCACGCCUCGCACGUAUGGAGCAAGAUCAUGGAACUCACUUGGACGGCGCCGGCGCCACCAAUCUUUGCCUACGUCAACGCAUCGUUGCAGGGAAAGUGGGCCGCCCUAGCCUGCCAUGAGACCGGCUCACUUGUCGUGCAACAUGCGUUUGAGAAUCUUGAAGAGGCUGCGAAAGACGGUAUCGUGGACGAACUUCUUAACCAGGGGCCGAUCGUCUUCGCCGAAGUCGCGAAGAAUCAGUGGGGCGCUUACUGUGUUCAGCAUAUUCUUGAGCACGGCUCUCCCAAGCACCGACAGAUGGCGCUUGAGCAUCUCAUUUCCGGCCUCCUUGACUUCGCCACAAACGAGCAGGGUUCCAAAUCGGUCACCAAGGCGCUCAAGGAAGGCGGCAAGGACACUCAGAACCGCAUUGUCAAACGCAUGUCCGAGCCUGCUAAAGGUGGUCGGCGGGCGAUCAUCGUAGACCUCGCACUCUCGGUCACUGGAAGUCAACUCAUCGCCGCGGUUUUGCCUGGCAUCGACAAGGACCAGCGCACGCUCCUGUACGAUGCCAUUCGCGGGCAUAUUGUGACGCUCCGUGGCUGCAAGACGGGCUCCAAGGUUAUCUGGCUCUUUGAUCGCAUGCGCGCAUACUAUGGUUACUAG